AUGGACCAUCGCGUGCGAGACUGCCCUGUACGUCAGGAGAAAGAGCGUUUGGGUGGUGGCGGUGCAGGCCGCGGAGCCGCUCGGUACGGCUCCGAAGGCAGGCGUCCACUAGAGGGCGGGCCCGGUCGGGCCGGCAGCGGUGGCGCUCGCGUUUGCUACAACUGUGGCGGCGUUGGACAUACGUCGCGUGAGUGCCCCUCUGAGAGGGGUGUUCGCGGCAACAUGGGAGAUCGCGGGCCUGGCAGCUCUGGCCCGCGCGGGUAUCCAAGUACUGGGCGCGGCGCGGAGACGCGCUCCUGCUUCAAGUGCGGUGAGAGCGGCCACCUUGCGCGCUUUUGCCCAACAACAUCUGCUGCGGGGCCCGAUGGAAACGCGUAUGGCAGCAGAGGACGCCGUGAGAACUCGAGGCCUGAUCGUCGCGAUUGGGGCUCUGGUCAUUAUCAAGAGCCGUACAGCCGUGACAGGGAUUCUGACAGAGCGCAAAACGUGUCCGAGGGUGGCGCAGGCUUUGGAAACCGCAGAGGGCGCGAAGACGAUCGUUACGACUUUGGCAAUGAGCUAAAUGAAGAGCAACAGACGUACGAGAAUCGCAGGGAGCGACCGUUCCAUUCCGAGGGCGUUGAAGAAGACGAGCACUACAGUGAGCAUUCGCAUGACGAAGGCUACGGAGAUUACGAUGACGACAACGCGGGCUCGUCUGUAGGGCAAAAACGACGUCUCGCGGGCGAUGCAUAUGACUCGGGACACCACGACGGAGGUUCUGAUGCUUCGCAUGGCGAUGGUAACAGUGAUGAUGACGGCGAUGAUGGUUAUCAGCGAGAUAGUCCAGGCAGCUCUUACGGUGCAGACGAAGACCAUGACGGGCGCGCUCAAGUGAACGGCUCGUACAAGCGCUCUCGGCAUGGAAACGAAGGGCGAGGCUCGGAGCGUCGUGAGGCGCCUUCUGACUAUGCGCACAGCGACUGGAAUUCGUUGACGCUGAAGGAUCUCAAGGCAGAGGCCGAGAAACGGGGUAUUGAUACAACCGGAAUGCGACUUAAAAAGGAUUACGUAGAGGCGCUCGAAAACGCGGCAGCGUGA